CAGGUUAGAAGAGUGAUGACCAUCCUGUUCCUUACUAUGGUUAUUUCAUACUUCAGUUGCAUGAGAGCUGCUCCCAUGAGAGACGCCCCGGGUAUAAGGGGCCACCGAACGGAAGGCUACUUGGGUGCUGCAGUGACGGUCGGCCAGGACCACGGGACUCCACAGAGCGGGGGUGGGCCGGGCCAGCAUGGGGGACUGCCCUCGCUCACAGACACGUUUGAGCAGGUGAUUGAGGAGCUCUUGGAGGUGGAAGGAGAAGCAUCUCAGCUGGGGCCUGGGGCUGACAAGGGCCAGGGAGGAGGGGGUCCUUCCUCUGUGGUCACCACGGAGACCAAGGAUGUCGACCUGUAUGCAUCGCGGGUGAUGAUCAGCAACCAAGUGCCUUUAGAGCCACCGCUGCUUUUUCUCCUGGAGGAAUACAAAAACUACCUGGACGCCGCUAACAUGUCCAUGAGGGUACGGCGGCAUUCUGACCCGUCGCGGCGUGGAGAGCUGAGUGUGUGUGAUAGUAUUAGCCAGUGGGUGACAGCUGUGGACAAAAAGACAGCAAUAGACAUGUCUGGGCAGACCGUUACCGUCCUGGAAAAGGUCCCUGUCCCCAAUGGCCAACUGAAGCAAUACUUUUAUGAGACCAAAUGUAACCCUAUGGGGUACACAAAGGAGGGCUGCCGUGGAAUAGACAAGAGGCAUUAUAACUCCCAAUGCAGGACAACCCAGUCCUACGUGCGAGCGCUCACCAUGGAUAGCAAAAAGAAGAUUGGCUGGCGGUUUAUAAGGAUAGACACAUCAUGUGUAUGCACAUUGACCAUUAAAAGAGGAAGAUAGUGUAUAUAAUGUAUAGAUUUUAUUGAGAGUUUAAAAAAGAGAGUAAAGAGAAAAUAUCUAUUUGUAUAUAUACAUAACAGGGUAAAUUAUUCCGUCAAAUGAAAAUUUUAUG